CUCUCUGCUGUGUUGGGGAACGACGACAGUUUCGAGAAGGAGCGCAGCAUUCUAGUCCUAUCCCGCGGAACAGCUUUCAUUCUACUGUCUCUUUACGUCCUCUAUUUGGUGUUCCAGCUGCGAACCCACCCUAGCUUGUUCGAACCCGAGACUGAGUCACCUGAUACAGGGAACCCCGUACUAAGCCCUACGUCCGCUGUCGCCGUGCUGGGCGUUACCACCGCUCUAGUGGCAUUUUGUGCCGACAACCUCGUGGAGAGCAUCGGGCCAGUCGUGGAGGCCGCCGUUCUCAGUAAGGCCUUCAUCGGGCUUAUUGUGGUUCCCUUCGUCGGCAACGUAGCCAAACACGCCAUGGCCGUUGUAAUGGCUACUCAAGACAAGAUGGACGUCGCCUUAGGCAUUGCCAUGGGGUCCAGCAUCCAGAUUGCGCUUGUUGUCACGCCUUUCUUGAUCAUCAUCGCAUGGGUCUUCGGUGAACCGAUGACUCUGCAAUUCGGACUCCUUCCAGCCAUCAUCUUCCUGUUUUCUGUGUUAGUGAUCGCGUACACUGUGCAGGACGGCAGGUCCAACUACUUAGAAGGCGCUAUGCUACUCGGCCUGUACCUUCUCAUCUCCAUAGCCUUCUAUGUUGGCCCUGCCACGUAG